AUGAAUCUUCUCGAUAAACCAUCCACCUCCGAAACACUUCAUCCGCUCGACAUCGCGAGAAAAGCGAAAGAGCUUCUCGCCAAACGCGAGAACACAGAGAUCACGAAACUCGUCACGAACAUCUGCAUCGGGAAACAAACCGAAGACGACGAAUCACCGAAUCGUCUCUACGAAUCAUUCAAAACGCAUUUCCCGAAUCUCCUAAUCGUGAAACUCCUCCAAGUCUACAGAUCCAAGACCAUCUCCUGCGUCCGAUCUCACACCCUCACGCUCCUCGACUCGAUUCUCGAAGAUCUCGAAUUCUCAGGUAAAGAAUUGAAAACAGAGGCGUUGCUCGACAUCAAAGAGCAACUCAACGCUUGUCUUCUUCUUCACCAAGAAACCGAUUUCAAACUCCUUUCGAGAAUCGUCUCUCGCGUCUCCGUCGAUCUCUUCAUCAAUAACAUCUCUUGGGACGAGCUCUGUGAUUUUAUUAUCGACGAAGACGACGAGAGAGAGCUUGUGAUGUUCAGUGAAUUGCCGUCUCUUCUCGACGAAGCUUUCUUGGACAGGUUAUUGGAGGAUGGUCUUCAGGGAAAGAUCGUAAACCGGUUGAGAAAUCCCGGUUCUGAUGGAGAUUGGUGUUUGGGUUUGGAAUCUGGGUUCGGUUUAGUGCUUCAGGCGAGUAAUUUGAAGAGGAGAGAUGUGAUUGGAGAUAUGGUUUACGAGAUUGUGAAAUCGGUUAAGGAGCGUGAAAAGGAGACUCUUGUGCGUAAAGGGCUUUGGUUGCUUGUGAAGAAAGUUUCUAGAGAGGCUAUUAGGUUUCGUGAGGCUGAUUAUGAAAAUGUGUCACGUUUAGCUACGAUGCUUAAGAAUGGUCAAGUUAGUGAUGAGACGAAGAUGGUUGUGAAGAAGAUUCAACAAGUUCUUGACGAGAAGUACAUGGGAGGUAAAGAAUUGGAUUUGGGUUUCGUCGAAAGCUUUACUCAGCAAAUCUGUUUAGGGAAUUAG